AUGGCGAGCAUCAUUAUCCGACAGGAUCCGGGAUCCAUUUACCGACCUGGCCGAACCAACUUUGGCUACAGCAUUGUCAGCGACGAUAGCCAGCUUGGAGAACCUGUCUCCCAGGAUAACGAUGAUUCUUGGAUGGAAUUCUUGACCGACGAGGCGAUCACGGACCUCACCCUUCCUGACCAGGACCACGACAUGACCUCGAAUGGCCUCUCUGAGAACGAUACUCGGCCGCAGGAUGCCCAGCCCGAUAUGUCGGAGGUAGUCAUUGACUCAAUCGAGGCGGUGAACAUGGAGUUCGAGGCCAAGGAGGACUACCAGAAGGAUGAGGCCAGUCAUUCCAUUGCCACCCAGGGACCUCUCAGCCCCUUGUUAGUUGAUGGCAUCCCCCAGGUAAGAACUUCACCGCCACCGUCCCCCGCCCCUCUUGUUUAA